UACUCACACACUCACACACUGGAUUGGUUUAUGGCGGCAUUGAAAGCCACCCGUUAUCGUUUGUUUUACCCAUAAGAAACUGAUGUUUUUCGAAUGAAGUAAUAGACGUUUUAGAUUUCUCUGAGUGUAAAAUGUAUAUCAAACAAGUUAUUAUACAAGGGUUUAAAAGUUAUCGUGAGCAAACGGUGGUAGAGCCUUUCCACCCAGGACACAAUGUUGUCGUUGGUCGAAAUGGUUCGGGAAAGAGCAACUUUUUUUAUGCCAUCCAAUUUGUACUUAGUGAUGAAUUCAAUCACUUGAGACCAGAGCAAAGGCAAGCUCUGCUUCAUGAAGGAACAGGGCCAAGAGUGAUAUCUGCUUAUGUAGAAAUCAUCUUUGAUAACACAGACAACCGGCUUCCCAUAGACAAAAAAGAAGUUAGCUUGAGACGUGUGAUUGGUUCCAAGAAGGACCAAUACUUCCUUAGUAAAAAAAUGGUGACCAAAGCAGAUGUGGUCAAUCUGUUAGAAUCAGCCGGAUUUUCCCGGUCUAACCCCUAUUACAUCGUAAAGCAAGGCAAAAUUAAUCAGAUGGCUACUGCCCCCGAUUCUCACCGCUUAAAGCUUCUAAGAGAGGUCGCAGGAACAAGAGUAUACGAUGAACGGAAAGCAGAAUCGGAAACUAUUAUGAAAGAGACGCAAGGCAAACGAGAAAAGAUUGAAGAGUUUUUACGAACGAUCGAAGACCGACUAAAAACGCUAGAGGAAGAAAAAGAGGAGUUAAAAGAAUAUCAAAAAUGGGAUAAAAUCAGGCGUGCUGUAGAAUAUACCAUACAUGAUAGAGAGUUGAAAGAAACAAGGAAAAAAUUAGACGACAUGGAAAACACGCGUAAAGAUUCUGGUGAUCGUCAAGAUAAAUUGAGACAGCAGUUGGAGCGUGCUCAAGAAAACAGCAAAUCUGCAUCCAGAGAACUACGAGACCUGAAACAUCGCGCCCAGGCAGCUAGAGAAGAGCGCGACACAUUGAAUGCAGAACAACAGCAACUUCUAAAGGAAAAAUCCAAAUUAGAAUUGACUAUAAAAGAUCUGAGUGACGAAGUACAAGGAGAUAAUCAAUCGAAAGAGCGAGCCGAACGAGAACUCCAGCGUCUUCACGAGACUAUUGCACAAAAAGAUGGUGAAUUAGAACGUAUUAAGCCACAGUAUGAAGAAAUGAAGAGACGUGAAGAAGAAUGCACUAGAGAACUUGCCCUGAAGGAGCAAAAGCGCAAAGAAUUGUAUGCCAAACAAGGUCGAGGGUCACAAUUCACAUCGAGAGAUCAGCGUGACACUUGGAUUCAAAACGAACUCAAAUCUCUGUCCAAAGCCAUAAAGGAGAAAAACGAGCAAAUUGAGCGACUUCAAGAAGAUUUGAAGCGCGACUCUCGAAAACGGGUGGAACUAGAGAAAAAAAUUGAAGAAAUGACCAGUGAAAUGGAAAACCAUCGGUUAAGCAUCGACGAUCACAACAAGGUCUUCUACGAUAUGAAGAAACGAAAAGAUUUACUACAAACCGAGCGAAGUGGGUUGUGGAGGAAUGAGACUUUGGUUCAACAGAAUUUAGCCUCGUCAAAAGAAGAACUUGCCAAAUCAGAUCAAGUACUACGCUCUUUGGCUGGCAAACCUAUCCUGAACGGAAGAGACAGUGUACGGCAAGUUUUAGAUAAUAUGCGGUCCCAGGGUGGCCGUAUGGCUGAAAUUGCUGAUUCAUACCACGGACUGGUUAUUGAAAACUUUGACUGUGACAAGAGCAUUUUUACCGCAGUAGAAGUCACGGCUGGUAACAGAAUGUUUCAUCAUAUUGUGGAAUCGGAUCGUGUUGGCACAGAGAUUCUCAAACAAAUGAACCACGAGAAGCUUCCUGGCGAGGUAACAUUCAUGCCGCUGAAUCGUCUAAACGUUCGAGAGACGAACUACCCCCCGACUGAGGAUGCCUUGCCAAUGGUCACCAAGUUACAGUACUCGGACCGUUUUGACAAAGCUAUGCGUUACAUUUUUGGAAAAACAAUGAUCUGUCGUAACUUGGAAGUAGCUAGUGUUCUUGCGCGUACAACUGGUUUAGAUUGUGUUACUCUCGAUGGAGAUCAGGUUUCAUCAAAAGGUUCGUUGACGGGUGGUUAUGUCAAUACGUCCAGAUGCAGAUUGGAGAUCUACAAAACUCGUUCCACUCUAAACGCACAAGUAGCCGAAAAAGAAAAAGAGCUUGCCGACUGUCGAAGUAAAUUGCAACAAGUUGAAAGUGAAGUCAACCAAUUGCUCAGUGAAAUCCAACGCACAGAAACUAAAAAUAGCAAAUCAAAGGACGUUUUCGAGAAGGUUAAAGCAGACAUUCGAUUAAUGCGUGAAGAGUUGAACAACAUCGAGCGGUCGAAGCAGCCAAAAGAAAGAUCACUAGCUCAGUUACGUUCAUCCCUGGAAGCUAUGCAGUCGACCAAGGAGGGUCUAGAGUCGGAAUUGCAUCAAGAGUUGAUGACGCAGCUAUCGGUCACUGACCAAUUAGAAGUUGAUCGAUUAAACGAUGAUAUUCGUCGUUUAACACAGGAAAACAAGGACGCCUUCAUUCAACGUAUGAGACUGGAAGCAGAUAAGAACAAAUUGGAGAAUUUGCUCACCAACAAUUUGAUACGGAGGCGAGAUGAAUUGCAACAAGCUCUGCAAGAAAUUUCGGUCGAAGAUCGCAACCGUAAGUUGGAUCACUGUCGCUCCGAAUUGGGUACAGUCGAACGGCGACUAGACGACGUGAGUGAUGCGCUAAAGGAUGUGGAAAAGAAAGUCUCGGAUCUGAGUCGGAAGCAAAAAGAAGCGCAGACUGAUCUCGAAAAGUUACGUUUCAAGGAAAAGGACAUAGAUGAACGUCUUGCAGAAAGUGCUAAAGAUUUUGAUAAGAUGGCUUCGAGGCAAACAGCGUUGCAGCAGAAGAUUACCGAGUGCACGGAGAAGAUUCGUGACUUGGGGUCGUUACCCAGCGACUCGUUCGACAAAUACCAAUCUAUGGCGACGAAACUUCUUUUCAAACAAUUGGAAAAGGCAAAUUCGGAAUUGAAAAAAUAUAGCCACGUCAACAAAAAGGCAUUGGACCAAUUCAUUUCCUUUUCUGAAGAAAAAUCCAAACUGUUAGAGCGUAAAGAAGAGCUGGAUCAUGGUUAUGACAAAAUCAAAGAGUUGAUGAGCACAUUAGAGUAUCGAAAGUACGAAGCUUUACAGUUUACUUUCAAACAAGUGUCAAAGUACUUUUCGGAAGUGUUCCAGCGGUUAGUGCCCAAUGGACAUGCUUACUUAAAGAUGGACACAGGUAAUGAUGCAGCAGGCAACUCGGAGGAUGCGUCAGCUUCAUUCGGCGAUACAGAAGGAACUGAUCAAUUCACCGGUGUCGCUAUUAAAGUUUCCUUUAGUGGACAAAAUGCGGAAAUGAAGGACAUGAACCAACUUAGCGGUGGUCAGAAAUCGUUAGUGGCAUUAGCAUUGAUUUUCUCGAUUCAAAAAUGCGAUCCUGCUCCAUUCUACCUCUUUGAUGAAAUUGAUCAGGCCCUCGAUGCCCAGCAUCGUAAAGGUGUGGCUGACAUGAUCCACGAGCAUUCGAAAAACGCUCAGUUUAUUACCACCACUUUCAGACCGGAAUUGUUGGAACAUUCAGACAAAUAUUACGGAGUUAAAUUCCGUAACAAAGUCAGCCACGUCGAGUGCGUCACUAGGGAGGAAGCUUAUGAUUUCGUUGAAGACGAUCAAACCCAUGGUUAAAAAAUCGCACGGCUAUUUCCUGAAGAAAAACAAACACGUUCCCAGCCCAUUCGCCAAUGCGUAUGUUUUGUUUCUUUUGCAAUCGUGUCAUCGUGUCAGAAAUUAUGUUUAAAUACAUUUCAACAAAGAGGCUUUCAGUAUA